GUCAAAUUUUGAAUCAUUCCUUCACACCGCAGUGCAGUGUAUCGGUAUUCGUUUAAUUGAAUAAUUCUGCAUAAUUCUGCUUGGAAAUGACAUAUCGCAGUCACAUUGUGGGACCAUCACGCGUCUUCGACCAUAUCUACGAUCCACUGUACGUAACAUCGGACCAAAAGGAUGUUUGCCGUGCGAAUAAGGCCGCCCUAUGUCGCUCGGCUCCAAUCGGUAUCUUUCCGGUUUAUCAAACCAUGUUCAGCGAACUGCCCCGGAUGACCCGCAAUCAUUACGUAAUGCAUCGGAAUCCACUGCCAUACUAUCCGGAAGUACAGGCGAACUCCGAUUCAAAAGGAUGCUUUAUUCCGGAUGUGUCGAGGAUCCUUGGAACAGAACGGUCUAAAUUCUUCUGCCACCCAACGGCUGGGGAACCGGGUACGGUGUUGAAACUGAGCGACAGUAUGGAGGAGUUCUGCCAUUGUGAUCAAUCGGUGGAGCCUCGCGUUAAGGAUGCUUCUUCGCAAACAAUGUAUCGGGAAACGUCUGCUCAAACGCAACCCUGGAUGCCGACAGCUGUGUUGAAGGAUGGCGACUUGGGAACGGCUGAGAUAGUUUAUGUUGCGGAAAUGCUGCACCAUACUCGCUAUCCAGGAAUCAAUGAGGUGGAAAUCAUUGAACGUGCCAGAAAGAAGCGAAAUUGGGAAUAUUCGAUGGGCAGUUGCGAUUCGGCGGAUGAGUGGGCUCAGCAAAAGCUCGUCCUGCAGAUAUUCGAGUGGGAAGAAUGGGUAGCCAGAGAGCGUCAAAUAGACCGCUACCAAAUGCUGAGACUGCAAUUGGUGGCGAAGAUCAUGGAAAAACGUGAGCGAGAUACUAAGCAAGCCACCGAGAGCAAAAUGGAGAACACCAAAAACAGAAUUAACGAACAGCGUAAUAAAGCUAUGGAGAAGUUGAAGAUCAACUAUGAGAGAAAUAUGCGCAAGUUGGAAAAGAAACGUAAAGAUAAUAAAAUGAAUAAAUUCCGAUCGCAUCAUGCGUCAAAACCGGAAGAAGCUGCCGUGACAGUCAUACAAAGGAAGAUUGUUUGUAAGAAGUCCUACGAAUAUGAUCCCAAUCUAAUAGAAGUAGGGCUGACAAAACUGGAGAAAAAAAUAACCAUUUCACACAAGCUAAAGGAUGUUAACAAUCAGCGUCCAGAGUUAUGGAAGCCCAAGGAAGUAUGCCGAGAAUUCCAAAAAGGUUUCUGGUCCGACCAUUUCCUGAGAAAACUAUAUGAUUCGCUAAAACACUUUCGUCAUAAGAAGGAUACUAGACCGGAAACGCCAAAGUGUUUGAUAGUGGUUUCGUCUCCUACAGAAAGCCUCAUCGAAUCUCCUCCCCGAGUCAGUGAGGAACGAGAAGACGAUAUGCUCUACCAACAGGCAAUUCUUCUGCAGAAAUUGAUCAAAGGACGUGCCACACAGGAAAUGAUCCACAAAGAUUACGCUACUGAUCGCGAUCUUGUUGAGGAUCUCAUUGCCACGCAUCGCUUACCGGUGGUAGAGGAGUUCUUUCCAAUUGACCCCAUCCAGACAGGAAGCGUCCGCGAGAAAUAUUUACACAUUCUACGCAAUGAGCAACUGCUGGAUGAGUUUGUGGAAACAUGUACCAAUGCACAGAUGUCGUCCUUGAUGACGACUUUAGAGAGGGAACUCUCCAGACUUCAGAACGAGCGAAAUACUCAUGCAUUCUAUUUGCUAACCGAGCAAGAACGCUACUUCCGCGAAGCACGUGAAACACGACACAUUUCGGAGAUGAAGUACCAGGAUAACGAAGAGUUGUCGAUCUAUUUGGAGAAUGCACUCCUGGAAAAAGUUGAAGGAGAUAGUUUGGACGACACGCGCGGAAAAAUUCAAGAACUUGUCAAAAAGUUCGACACUGAAGCUGACAAGCGUAUAAGCUCCAUCGAAAUCCCAACUCAGAAUCAAGGAACCAUCAGUUCCUGUAUGAUGGACGAACUUCUGAUGCCGGAUAUCUACCGUCGCGUUGCAAGAGAAAACAUAAAGAUGAAGCAGAAAUCAUUGCUAGCGGAAGCUCACGAAGCGAUUUUCCAGAAGAUCGAAAUUAAACCAUUAGAUUCCGUCCCAGAGGACGUAAUGGAAUCCUUAAGGAAGGAAGCGGUUGAUGCAGCAUUCGCUGAGGAAAGUCAAGGGCUAGAAGAACAAGCACCGGAUCUGGAUACGCGAAGCGAAGGCCAAAUAAUCAUCGGCGAAAUAUUGAGCAAUGUGGUUGACAGUGCUCUAUCGGAGAAUGAAGUAGAAGACAUACCGGAAGAUGAUGGAACUAACUUUUUUGGACUGGAUGUGGUGGAGGGUGAAGAGGGCGAAGCCGAAGAAGAAGCUGAAAAAAUGGCCAUUCUGUUGAUUGACAAUAUUAUUACUCAAGUUUGUGGGGCACCUGAAGAGUAAAUCUGCAAAGCAAACUUCUACAAUGUCCAAUGUAAUGGAAACUGCCCACUAUUGCAUAUUUGUCCCAUAUGUAUAGAAAUUUCUGAAAAAAUGGGACUGAUAUGCGAUCACAGGCAGAAAAGAAUUUUGUUGUUUUCAGUCAAUUACCCCAUUGAUUUUUAUUUUUUAGGAGCCUUUCUAGUCUUGACUUUAGUUUUUCUAAUUAAUGGCGUUUUUAUAUAAUGAACAAUGAACAUAAUAUUCAAAAAAUUACCCCUGGUUUAGUAAAUUGGAAU